AUACAGAUCAAUAUUACGGAGAGUUUAACAAAAAUUUAUUACUGGCAUAUCAUAAACAAGGAAAGAUUCCUUUACAAUGGAGAAACACCCAAGGUAACAUAUCAAAUUUACCUUAAGCGGCCUUGAAACUUUACUGGUAAAUGUACUUUGUUCUAUGGCUGGCUCGGUAGCUUUAAAUUAGAUAUAAAUACAGACAGCGAAAAAUCAUCACACACUGCUUAUAAGGAUAUCACGCGUGAUUGGAUGGUAAAUUUUUGGAGGGCUUAAUGCACAAUUUUGAAAUAUAAUCAGUCGAGAAGGUAAUUAAUAGAUACUGUAACAUGGAGUAGUCUCAAGAUGGGAACAGUCGCUAAAACCAAAGUAUGCAAGGCACCCACAGACGUAAACCUUAGAGCGAUCUUGCACAGUUUAUAAAGUACUACCACAAGAAAGUAACUUGAGUGCUCCCCUGAAUUAAGACAUGAGGGCUAUCGUGUAAAAUACUAAGUGGUACCAAAACAGUAUUAAAAGAAAACACGUUCAAUACGUUUUUUGGAUUUUCUUAAACCUAGGGCGUAAGAAAUGGUGUGAUUAUUGUUGACUAACAUUUACCUGAUUACAGCUCGUCGAAAGAGGUCCCUAUGUUUUCACAACACUUUCAGAGAAGAUUGAUGUUACCUUCGAUCUGUCCGGAAAGGUGACUUAUAAAACUUUCCAACAACAGAAAUUCAACAAAAAGAUGACAGCAAAGCUAUGCGGAACGUGUCAAGAAAACGACAAGGUAAGAAAUAAAAUGUAGUAAAAUUCUUAGGUUUAUAGUUACAAAACGCACUUUGGUGGUGAAAUUUACUGGUCUGAGGAACACAUGCACACGAGGAAUUGUUUGUAAAAAGAAACAAACACGGGGUUAACAAAUCGACAAAAAUGUUUCAUCGACUCUUAUAUACCGUGGAAAUGACGUCAACGUUUUAAACACAUUACAGUGAAACUGCUGAUUAGAUUUGACGUCAUGUGACGUCGUAAGGGAAAGAGGCAAAUGAUCUCUGAACCUUGAAGAGAUAUAUUUAUCAGCUAUCAAUAAGGAUAGAUUGAUAAAUCGGAAUGGAUGGAUGGAUAGGAAAGUACUACUGGAAAUGAAUUUAUUGAAGACCUAUGUGGUCUGAUGGAUGGAUGGAUGGAUGGAUAGAUGGAAGGACUCUUUGUGAAUGAACAGGUAAAAUGGAUGGAUGGGUGGAUUGAAAGUUGUAGAUAACUUUAUGAACAAAUGUCUUACCAUUAACAUUUUUCUUUUGUUAUUCCUUAGGUGAGCAUCGUUAACUUGGCCUACCUGGGUCUUAUCAACCAAGUUAAAACAGCGGACUCCUUUAGUCUAGUUUUUCUCUCAGUGGCAGUUGACAGCCUGUUGCGUGACAUGGAUUCGAUACUGGGACACCGAAACGCAACACUGAAACAACUGGGAAAAACCUCGAGUUUGCUGCAGCUAAACAACUCAUAUAAUCCAGAAUUUGGAUCCUGGAAAUAUAAUAAGCUCUCUGGGACUAAAAUGAGUCCAAUAAGACGAGAGUAUAGCGUUACACAAAUGGGUGGACUUUAUAAUGCCCUUGUCAAUGCGACUCUUCUAGGGCCUCCCAAAGACACGACAACCAUGGCAGACUGCCAAGAGACACCGCAUCUACAAACCUGUGGCUUGUUCAUAUGGAUGGCUAACUUUGUCCUUUCCUUUCACCCCUAUGGUACCAGUCCUAAGUUUAACCACACAGAAGCCGAGCGACUGAUAGAAGAUGCUUUUUGUUCCAAUCCAAGUUCAUGCUAUCACGUGACUGGCCGGUCUGACAUCGAAUCAUUAUUUGACUUUAUAAAUGGCCCUCUAAGAAGAUAUACGCUAUGGUUCAUGGAUCAUAACAACUACGGCCUUGUUACGACGAGAAGCCAACGAGAGCUUGCACUUGGCUACGUGAUGGAUAAGUUCCGUUAUCCCCCGGCUUAUCCUAAUGGUCUCCCUUCCCUUGGUGCACUCGUAAGUCACUCAUCUUUCAGUGAGGCUGUUCAAAAAAGCGAUUCCCACACCCUGCAUUCAUGUAACUCCUCUUCUGAAGAGCAUCUGAAGUCGACCUGGGCAGGUAAUGAUCAAUGACGGUUGGUUAUUAUAGCGUGUUUGGUGCACUAAAGGUGAUAACUUUAGGCAAAGGCGCACACGAGCCAAAGGCCCAAACGGCCGGAUCUUAUCCCAGUUCGUUAACAUGAAGCAUGUUUUGGACUAUUGCUAAUCCCCCCUGGACGGGAUGCUAGUUCAUCGCAGGGUUACCCCAAAGCGGUUUGUCGCCGGUACCCAUUAAUACACCUGGGUGAAGACAGACAAAGUGGAGUAAAGUUCCUUGUCUAACGCGACGAGUAAUACUUGAACCCCGGACCUCCAGAUCCGGAGUUCAAGGUGUUAACCACUCGGCAACACACGCCUCCAAAGGUGGGGAUGGGGUACUUAGACCGCUUAGGGUUGUCCAUUCUUUUUGAUAUGAGUGGCGUAUAUCACACUAUCAAAAAACGGCAGCAUCGCAUUCCAAUCUGACCCCUUGGUAUGUCUGAGUUUGUAAGGUAUUUCACAAUAUUGGUAUAGUGGGUAGUAGGACCGACGAACGCACAUACAUCGUUUGUUCACUCAACAACCGAAAAUUCGCGGAAGCCGACACCAGAUACUCUUGCUUAUGGUGCUCUAAGCGCGCUUUUCUACUAUAUGAUAUUCACAAUAUAUAAAUUAUUAUUAUUAUUAUUAUUAUUAUUUGUUAUCGUUGUUAUCGUUCUGACAAUGUACUUGACUUGGCAAUGCUACCAUUUUUUUACAGCCUACAAUAGUGAAACACAAGUGAGGCAAUCAUUUUACCCAAGCGCCUCCGCGAACGAGCUGAAGGUACAUGGUCACCAGGCCCUUUUCUUUCCCGCGAAAAAAGUUAGGUCAUGUGAAGCCCACAGGCCAGCGGCAAAGAGUUACGAGAUUUUCAUGCCGCAGUUGAAGAGACGGGGAACACUUGUCCAGGAGAAACAGGUCAAGAUAAAAGGGCUUAAGUUGGACAGGUGAGGCACUAGCUAGUGUAAUAACAGUAAGGCUUGGAACUCGUGAUCAUAUUAGAAUUUGUAAAUAGGUGUUCUCGUAGAAGGAGAAAAUAUAACCAAGGAACCACUCUAAAAAUUUGGGCAGAAAAGUUAACAAAUUCAACUAAGAUGCAUAGAAUCUUCGAAACUGGCGCUGCAAGUAAGUGAGAGACGAGGGCAAGUGUGUGAAUAACCUUUUCACAGGUUUCGACUUGAGGAAAGCCUGGUAACAGGGAAUAACAGAACUGUUUUUACAUCCGGGCUUCUCGAUAUGUCUGGUAUUUACGGAUUUCCAGUCCUUACUGGUUUUCCUCGAUUCUUGCACGGCGCGCAGGGCCUGGGAAAGAAGAUAGGAAUUCCAGCAGCCGAUCCGAAGAAGCAUGGAUCAUUUGUAAGAGAAAAUAACACCUUAUAGAUGCAAUUCUUAAAUUACCAACUCUGGUCACCAUAGCAAUGAUUUUCUUGGCCUUGGUCACAGAUCCCACAGCUUAAUUAGCAUUGACAUUAGAGAGAUUACGAAUCACGUUUACGGCAAACGGCAACUGUCAAAUUCAAGCUGACGAUUUCUCAACAUAGAAAAAAAACAGAUGAAAACUGUACAGACUCAUUUUUAUGGAUAAAACUCGCGAAAUAUUUUGGUACAUAUAUUAAAGAGUGAAAGCCAAGUAAAGGGAAAAUUGUAAUAUACAGAUUGACGUUUGCCGAUUGCAUGUUGGUCGCCAAUACACCUUAGGCGUUGCUAAAGCGAAUAUCUCUCCGUCUGCAACGGAAAUGAUAAUUACUGUUAUAAAAAAAUGGUUUGAGUAAGGUUUAAUUCGGUCUGUAAUCAUACGAGUGAUUAGUGAGCUUACGCAAUAGGACGGCAGAAAGGAGAAGACGGCAAACGCGGUGUUCACCUUCCUUUAUUUAAAGAGAUCUUUUUCCGCUCUGUCACGUUACGUUCAUAGUUUUAAAAUUCAGUACUUAAAUCCACACAUCUUGAGAAGAUAUAACUAACCACCGAGUAGUGAUAGACGUGAUAGACGUUUUCUUUGAUGUUCAAACACCGAGAAAUUGUUACAUAUGCACAAGGGUGUUUAAUGUGAUAUCCAAACACUGAAAAGUAAUAUAUCAAGCACGAGAAAGAGUGAUUCAUCUGAUGUCCAAACACCGAGAAGUAAUAUAUCAAACACGAGAAAGAGUGAUUCAUCUGAUAUCCAAACACCGAGAAGUAAUAUAUCAAACACGAGAACGGAGUGAUUCAUCUGAUAUCUAAACACCGGAAGUGACUGACAGACACAAGGAAGAGUUAUUUUAGUUGAUACAUCAAAUAGGAGAAAAAAAUUGAUAACAUAAUUCUUUGUUCAGAGUCAAAAUUUUUACCCACCGUUCGGAUAUAUUUACAUAAUUAUCAAAUACCUGAAAUUUGCAAAAAAAUUCUUAGAUUACAGGAACAUAACAUAACAUACAGCUUAUAAUUCAAAUUAUGAAACAUAGUUAAUAUUCACUUCGUUUGUUUGUUUUUUGCGGUUUUUGCCUCUUGUCUUUGUCUUUGCUAACAUUUUUUUCCUGUCAUGUUUUCAGAUCGAUAUUGAACCAUUCACAGGAACAGCCCUUCAAGCUGUCUUUCGGUUCCAGAUCAGCGCGGUAGUCAAUAGCGGCGUGAUAUUGAGUCAAUUUCAGCCCAGACCAUAUAAUGUAAGCUACGUGGACGACAAUGCACCUUUUUACGAAAAAGUUAUUCCAUUGUUUUGGAUCGAAACCUCCCAGGUCGUCAAUGAGAAACAAGCAAGAUUAUUCAGAUCUGAGGUAUAA